AUGGCGGGCAUUUUGCAUCCGCCAGCUUAUCAUAAAUCCUGGCCAAAUUCUUUGAAAUUCGGUACAUUAGGAUAUCUUGUGGGACAUGAGUUUACACACGGUUUUGAUACAGUUGGAGCACACUAUGAUAGCAAUGGUGAUGAACGCGAUUGGUGGACGAAAAAAACUGAAAAAGUAUUUGAUAAUCGCACAGAUUGUUAUGUUCAACAUUUUAAUGACUAUUUAAUACCAGAAAUAAAUCGCAAAAUUAACGGAAAUCUAACCAAAGAUGAGAAUAUAGCAGAUAAUGGUGGACUUCGUGCCGCACUUAAUUCGUACCGCAAAUAUAUGAAGGAAUUGAAUAAGGAAGGUGACCUGGUGACAACAUUUAAAGAUGAAGACAUGCUUGGUCUAAAUUUAUCACCAGAACAAUUGUUCUUUGUAGGAUUUGCACAACUAUAUUGUGCGUCGUAUAAAGAAGAACACUAUUGGAAACAACUAAUCGAUGAACACCCUAUGGACAAAUAUAGAGUUUUGGGUACACUAAGUAAUAUGGAAGAUUUCUCUAAGGUUUAUGAGUGUCCUCUGGGUAGUGACAUGAAUAAGAAAGAAGAAAAAUACAUAAUUUUAGAACUCUAUGAUAGGGGCAAUAUAAUACUUACGGACCACGAACUUACUAUACUUUAUAUACUUAGACCCCAUUAUGAGGGUGAAGAAGUACGAUUUGCGGUUCGAGAAAAGUACCCAACAAAUCGUGCUAAAGAAGCUAGUAAUCUACCAACUGAAGAGGAAUUGCGUGAAGCGUUAAAUCAAACACCUUAUGGAGAAAAUUUGCGCAGAGUACUUAUGCCUUUAGUUGAUUGUGGACCUGCAGUUAUUGAUCAUAUAUUAGUGAAACACAAAUUGGAUAACUGUGUUGUUAACUUUAAUAAAAAUGAGGAUGGAGAUGGAGCUACUGAACAAUUAGAGGGCAGUAAAAAAGGACGUAAACAAAAAAAGAAAGAAAUGUCUAAAGUUGCAACAAGGCCUUUCGAAAUGGACACUGAUAUUCCCACAUUGAUGGAAGCACUAAAAGAUAUGUAUAAACUGUUAAGUGACGGUCGCACUGAGCCAUCGAAGGGUUAUAUAAUACAAAAAGCAGAAGAAAAACCUUCAAGCGACGCAGCUAAUGUUGAACAUUUCUAUCAAAAUAUUGAAUACCAUCCAUAUUUGUUUGCCCAGUAUGAAGGACAACCGAUGGCUUCAUUUAAUACGUUUAUGUUAGCUGUAGAUGAAUUCUAUUCUAAAAUGGAAGGUCAAAAAAUUGACUUGAAGACUUUGCAACAAGAGCGUGAAGCCUUAAAGAAAUUGUCUAAUGUUAAAAAGGAUCACGCCAAACGUUUAGAGGAGUUAACGAAAGUACAAGAAGUAGAUAAACAAAAAGCGGAACUUAUUACAAAUAAUCAAAGCUUAGUUGAUAACGCUAUUUUGGCUAUUAGGUCAUCACUCGCAAGGCAAAUGUCGUGGCAGGAUAUACAUGAAUUAGUUAAAGCAGCGCAAGCAAACGGUGAUCCAGUUGCGUCAGCAAUUAAACAGCUCAAAUUAGAAGUGAAUCAUAUUUCUUUAACUCUAUCUGAUCCCUACCAAACUGCUGAAAAUGACUCUGACUCCGAAAGCGAGGCUGUUGGUUCAACACAAUCUCUAGUUGUAGAUGUUGAUUUAGCUUUGUCUGCAUGGGCAAACGCGCGUAAGUAUUAUGAUCAAAAACGUAAUGCGGCGCAAAAAGAACAGAAGACUAUCGAUGCCUCAGAAAAAGCCUUGAAAAAUGCGGAAAGAAAAACACAACAAACUCUAAAAGAUGUGCGUACUAUAUCAACUAUUUCUAAAGUACGCAAGGUUUACUGGUUUGAGAAAUUCUAUUGGUUUAUAAGUUCGGAAAAUUAUUUAGUUAUAGGUGGUAGGGAUGCUCAACAAAAUGAGCUUAUUGUAAAAAGAUAUAUGCGUUCAUCAGAUAUAUAUGUGCAUGCUGAAAUUCAAGGAGCCUCAAGUGUAGUCAUUCGAAACAAUAGCAGUACAACUACGGUGCCACCAAAAACGUUGUUGGAAGCUGGAACUAUGGCUAUUUGUUAUAGUGUUGCUUGGGAUGCAAAAGUUGUAACGAAUGCCUAUUGGGUGCAUAGUGACCAAGUUAGUAAGACAGCACCGACGGGCGAAUAUUUAGGCACUGGUAGUUUUAUGAUACGUGGAAAGAAAAAUUUCCUUCCGUCCUGCCAUUUAAUAAUGGGUUUAAGUUUAUUGUUCAAACUGGAAGAUAGUUUUAUAGAGAAACAUCGUGGAGAUCGCAAAGUACGUAGUUUUGAAGAUGAAAAUCAAAUAGAUAUGGAAGAGCACUUAAAACAGCUAGCUAUUGAAAACGAGGAAGAGAAUAGAAAUGCAUCUAACAUCGAAAUAGAACUAGAAAAUGAUGAGAAUGCACAGGUCAAAGAAGAAACUUCAGAUUCUGAAUCUGAAGUUAACUUUCCUGAUACAGAAGUUAAGAUAGAGCAUGACACAGGCAAGAUUACAGUUCGAUCUGAAUCGAUAACAGAGUCCAAUAAUGAUGCAGAAUUGAAAAUUGUUACCGAUAAUCUUCUAUCAGCCAUUGAAGAAGCAACAAUAAUACCAGCUGCACCUUCACGUAGAAAGUUGCAACAAAACUCAAAGAAACGAAAAGAAGAGAAAGCACGUAAAACACAAAAUGAACUUCAGUUACAGCAACAAAACUCUGUUGAAAAUCAAUCAAAGAAUCCUUCACAUAUGAAACGUGGACAAAAGGGAAAACUAAAGAAAAUUAAAGCUAAAUACAAGGAUCAAGAUGAUGAAGAACGUGAAUUACGUAUGCAAAUUUUGAAGUCAUCUGGUAAAGAAAAAGUGGCUGCUCUUGAACAAAAAUUGGUACAAAAUGUUGUUACACUUAAACCAAAACAACCACACUACAAUGUGGAACAAAAGGUGGCUGUAGAUAUUGAUGAAAGUGAGGAGGUUUCUGGAGGUGUGGAUACUGAGAUACUUGACUCACUAACAGGAGUCCCAGCUGAUGAAGAUGAAUUAUUAUUUGCUGUACCAGUAGUUGCCCCGUAUCAAGCUUUACAAAAUUAUAAAUAUAAAGUGAAACUUACUCCUGGCACUGGCAAACGUGGACGAGCUGCAAAGACAUCACUUACCAUGUUUUCAAAAGAAAAAAGUUGUACAAUUAGAGAAAAAGAUCUACUGAAGAGUAUCAGAGAAGAAGCUUUGGCAAGAAAUAUACCCGGCAAGGUGAAACUGUCAGCUCCGCAGCUUCAAAAAUUUAAAAAGUAAAUAUUCGUUAUGUUUUUAAAAUAAUAAAUAAAUUGUAUAUAAAAUUGUAAAGUGAGGUCACAUUUUAAAAUGACAUAGUUAAACAAUAAUUAAAUAUUU